AUGUCCCAGUCCCGGGAGACGGACGAAGAUACCGACAUGGCCAUUUCCUAUGCAAGCAGGGCGCCGGCCGGUAACCCCCAAACGCUUCCAUCGUUUCGCGAGCUCCUCCCUCCACACCUCCACGAAGAAAUCGACUCCUCCUCAUAUCGCUCCGCGCGCCAGUCACAGGAACGACCGUUGUCCGGACAUGAAAUAGCCGAUCCCCGUUCCAUGCCAGGUUAUCCAACAAACCCACCCUCCAAAAUGCCCUACGACCAGCACCGCGAAUACACCACACGUACGGAGCGGCCGAUGGGCGAUCCCAUGUCUAUGCGGGGACCGAGUCCUAUUCUCCCACCCAUCCGGGACCUGCACUCGAUGCCCGAACGCAAAGGAUAUCCCGACGGCGGAAUGGCACACAGAUCCGAUCCCUUCGCACACGACUACCGCAGCCAACCCGUACCAGGACCUAUGACAGACCGGAGAACCGCCGAAUACCCGCCCAUGAUGCACGGCCAAUCUGCCGCGCCCUACGUGCACCCGACAAUGGCCUACCAAGGCGACCCAGAACAGAUCUCGCCGAGUAUGAUGGGGCACCCGCAAGCCAACUUCGGAAUCAUGGGCGAAACAAUCGAUCCCAAGACAAAACGGCGCAGGGGAAACCUGCCCAAACCGGUGACGGAUAUCCUGCGCGCCUGGUUCCAUGAUCACCUGGACCACCCGUACCCCAGCGAAGAAGACAAGCAGAUGUUCAUGACACGGACGGGCCUGUCGAUCAGCCAGAUCAGCAAUUGGUUCAUUAAUGCGCGGCGGCGGCAGUUGCCUGCACUGCGCAACCAGAUGCGCAGCGGCGGUGACGGGGACUCGUCGCGCCAGUCUCCGUUCAGCGACGUCGAUCAGGCAUCUAUCUGA